AUGCCUCAACCUCGAUACACGACCGUACCUAAAUACAAUUCCAGGGUCCUUGUCCGUGGAGAUGUUGGCUACGAGGUAUGCAGAUGCAACAACCCUACAGCAGACACGCCAGACCGGUUUCCAUCUGAAAUCCACGUUGUAGAAACCCCAACUGAUGUGGCUACGGCACUCAAGCGUGCCACUGAGUUGGGAACAACUGUCGGAAUUCGAUCCUCAGGUCAUAUUAUGAAUCUUGGAAACCUCAUCCAAGAUGGGAUUCUGAUCGAUACGGUGAAUCUCAAUCGGCACAUUAACUAUGACCCGGUCACGAGAGAAAUAGCUUUUGGCCCUUCUUGUCGAGUCGAGGAGUUGGCUGCAAAGCUAAAGGAGGUGAACCGAUUCUUCCCUCAUGGCCACGCGCCCACUGUCGGAUCAGGGGGCUUCCUCCUGGCUGGGGGGCAAGGAUGGUUUGUCCGUGGAUGGGGCGCCACCAACCAGCAGUGGAUUCUCAAGAUGGAAAUUGUCGUGCCUGAUGGCCGCACUGUAAUAGCCAGCCGAACUGAAAACCAAGACUUGUUUUGGGCAGCCAGAGGCAGUGGCUUGGGCUUCUUUGGGGUUGUGACGCGCUUCUGGGGAAGAACAAUUCCGGCGUCUAAGAUGUGGGAGCGCAUAUUGAAAUUCGAAGUUAACUCGGACAACUACGAGACACUGAUGACGUGGUCUAUUGAGCGCGGACGCGACACUCCCAAAUAUGGCACUGAUUUGAAUCUUACCAUUGAUUAUCCUCAAAAGUAUGACCCAGCGUAUACCACAGACGACGUGCCCCCCGGCGCAAAGCUCCAUUUGACUUUGAACCUUCUCUGCUACACCGACACCCUCCGUGAAGCUCGAACACUACUCAGUGCAUAUGACAAUAUGCCUGAGAACGUUCGAGAAUGGUUGAUUCAAUUCCAUCCAGUACAAAGCAGAACCUUUGAGGAAGUGUUUAAUAGAAAACGCGGCUUUCUAGGAAAUUCUGGGAAAGAACGUUGGCAAAUUAACAGCAUCAUGAACGACCCAGCCGUUCCACUGCCACGACUUCUCCAAGCCAUCAAGCCAGCUCACCUUGAGCUGCCUACUCGGACUACAUCAGUAUUCAUGUGUCACUGCGACAUUGUCCCAGAUGAGGAAGAUGCAGUCCUAAGUCUACCACAGGAUUUAUACAUCUCAACAGUAACUGGAUGGACAGACCCAAAACUCGAGCCUGCCAUCUACCAAAACAUGCGUGACCAUUACAGGCGAGCAUUCCCUGUGGCAGUGGGCCAAUACAUCACCGAGCUAGAUGUCAACAAUGACGACGCAAACACCAAGGUUUUCUCCGAUACUGCGCUAGCCAAGUUCCUUAAGAUUAGAGCGAAAUGGGACCCUAAAGAAUUGUUCCCUAACUACAAGAAGUUCGUUCAAGCACAUGACAAGAUAAACAGGCUGCAGAAUAAACCAUCGCUUUAGUGC